UAAAAUUAUAUAUAAAAUACACUUGUUUCCAUUCACACAUCCCCGCGCUGAGAGAAUACUAGCUAUUCUUUCUCUCAAGAAUCUACAUAUCAAAGGAAACAAGAACGAUCUUCAAGUCUCGUGUGCAUCAUCUCUUUACAGAUCCUGCGCGUGAACAAAGAUUGUUGGAAAACAUGGAAGGUGGUGUUGCAUAUGAGAAUGAUCUAAACCUCAAGGCAACUGAGCUUAGACUGGGUUUGCCAGGCACGGGUUGUACCAAUGAGAAAGGAGAUUCUGGUGCUAGAAACAACAAACGACCAUUUCCAGAGACCAGAGAGGAGGGUGGAGCAAAUGGUAAAUCUGAUGCUCAACAUGAUGACCAAGAAACUGCCUCUGCUCCGAAGGUACAAAUAGUCGGCUGGCCACCAAUCCGAUCCUACAGGAAAAAUAGCUUCCAGCCCAAGAAGGCUGAGGACGAGGCUGCAGCUGGGAUGUAUGUUAAAGUAAGCGUGGACGGAGCACCAUACCUUAGAAAGAUUGACCUUAAGGUUUACAAGGGAUAUCCUGAAUUCUUAAAGGCUUUGGAGAACAUGCUCAAGCUCACCAUAGGUGAGUACUCUGAGAGGGAAGGCUACAAAGGGUCAGAAUAUGCACCUACUUAUGAGGACAAAGAUGGUGACUGGAUGCUAGUUGGAGAUGUUCCUUGGGAUAUGUUCCUGUCUUCCUGCAAGAAACUGAGAAUCAUGAAAGGAUCGGAAGCAAUAGGCUUGGGUUGUGGUGCAUGAAAAACCCACAAGCCAUAUUAACCCAUAGGAGCAGGGCGAAGAGAAGAUUCAUCCCUUGAGAAAGUCUUUCAGCUUGGGUUCUCCUAGAAGAAAACUCAAAUCUGAAUCUGCGUCUCUCUCUUGCAGAGUUUUCCAUAAUUGGACUGGAAGUUUUAGACAGGAAACAGGAAAAACCAGAGUGAAGUUACGGUUUCUAUCCUAGAGUGUGGCAGCGAGAUAUUUGGUGGUUUGGACACUUAUGGUGGAGGUGUCAUUUUGUUGGUCCUUGUAAUCUCAUCAAAACCAAAACUGCAUACAGGAAGAUAAUAUUGCUCCAAGUGCAAGCAAUUAUGUAAAUAAAAACAGAACGAAACAUAUGGAAAGACAGGGUCGGCCAUGUUUUGCCAUGUAGUGUUCUCCAUACACCACUAUAAGCUAAUUAUAAAAGUGUGUUUUUGCCAAGUUCUAACAAAUCCUGUAAUUGAUUCUGACUAUAUUUUCAUAUUGAUCCGGUUCUGUGUUC